AUGACAUCGUCCUCUUCUGCUGUUGUCCAAAUCCUCCAGCGAAUGGUCACUCCUGCAGGGGCUAGCUCUCAAGCAUCUAACAGUCGCAAGACAACUUCUAUCGUAAAGCAGGCUCAUAAUGAGGCGAAUAAAGGGUUACUCUCAGCCUCAAAAGCUUCAAAGCGAAAGCGAGGAGCCUCAACUGUUGAUGUUGGAUAUAUCUAUGUCAAUCCCCAUGGAGUUACCAUGAAUGGCGAUGUCAUCUCUGGCCUUGUAAAACCCUCUCCUCCUACCCGAUAUGAUCUUGAACUCCACCCUAAGCAACUCUUAGCUCGUAACCUCCAAACUGGUUUUCAGUUCAGCAUAUCUGCUUCAGAAGACGAAAUCCAGGAGAAUCUUGCCAGCAUACUCCCUGAGUUCUACAGCUACUUAGCAUCGCUUCCUGAAUCAUCUAGGCCUGCAGUUCUCAUGUGCAUUCAGUACUACAAGGAGCUUCGGCCACUGCGAACGAUUCUGCCUAAGGGUGAAGAUCUUUAUGCUUAUAUUGGGUCGAAGAAGAAAUCCCUACCUGAAAAUAUUUUAUAUAUCACUACUGUUGAUCCUAUCCCCAGUGCUAUUAUCAAAGAGUGGGAAGAAGCCAAUGCCAGUGAACUUGGGAUCAACCUCAGGCAUGGUGACGAUGAAGCUGUUCAUGAUCAACCAGCCGAAACACGAUACCUAAGGCCACUUGCAGCAAAGCCAGCAACGAUUGAUCUUACUGACACUGACCAAGAGCUUGACGAGGAUGCUCCGACUGCAUCCAAGGUCCUCGGAGUUCGGUCCUCAUUCAGUGAUGAUCCUAUCUUGAAGGUCAACCCUUGGUCGUCAUCUACAUUCAUUGACUUCUGA